AUGCCUUUCCAGCAGGGCUCUGCCCGGACGCGGCAGCGGACCGUCCUGCUGGUGGGGGUCGUGGUGCUGCUGGCCGCCCUCGUCCUCGCCGUCGUGCUGGCCUCCGUCCUGACUCACGGAAAGCAAGACGUCACCCCCCAGAUGCUGAAGUGGAAGGACAGGGGGACCACGAAGAAUCUGCAAGAAGUCAUCCUGGGAAGAUGCUACAACUACGUCGCAGCGCGGUACCCGGAGCUGGGAGAUAAGGAUUGCUUAAAAAUAUGGGAAUCAUUAAAACACGCCUUCAUUUACAAGAAUCCCUGUAAUAUUACAGCAGAAGAUUAUCAGCCUUUAAUGGAGUUAGCAAGUCAUCCUAUACCCUGUAACAAGUCACUGUUUUGGAGCAAGACAAAUGACCUCGCUCAUCGUUAUACAAAAUCCAAUCAAAAUUUCCUUACCUUGGAGGACACCUUGUUGGGUUAUAUGGCUGAUAGGGUUUCGUGGUGUGGAGACCCCUCUGCCCCAGGAAUCAACUAUGAAUCUUGUCCAAAACGAAGUGAAUGUGAGAGCAACCCCAGCUCUGUAUUCUGGAAAAUGGCAUCCAAGAUGUUUGCAGAAGCAGCAUGUGGUGUGGUUCAAGUGAUGCUCAAUGGAUCGAUAGAAGCUGGAGCUUUCAGAAACAGCAGCACCUUCGGAAGUGUUGAGGUCUUUAACCUAAAUCCAGAUAAAGUCUCUGCAGUACACAUUUGGCUUAUGCAUGACAUUGGUGGGCCUCAAAGCGAAUCCUGCUCAGGUCAUUCCAUAAAGAGGUUAAAAAGCAUCUUAGAAGAGAGAAACUUUAAGAUCACCUGUGAAGACAAUUACAG